GGCAGGCUGAGGAGGCGGAGCGGCGGUGGAGGGAAGGGGGAAAAGGAAGGCGUUGUCACGUGACAGCUAAAGGAUUUCCCAACAUGGCGACUGGGGGAGCCGCGAGCCGCAGGACUUAGUCGCCGCUGCGGAGGCCGAGGCCCGCCCUUCCUCUCCUUCCUUUCCCUCCCGCGAGAGAGACAUUCUCGGCCAGCUGCCCGGCAGUCCUCGGGCACGCCCCCUCCCCUCGCGCCUUCAUUCAUUUCCUCGCUCGCUCCCGCCGCUGCCCGGCCGCCAUGAGGGAGAAGGGCCGCAAGAAGAAGGGCAGGACCUGGGCAGAGGCCGCCAGGACGGUCCUAGAGAAAAAUCCGAACACACCUAUGAGCCAUAAGGAGAUCCUUCAGGUUAUCCAGAAAGAAGGCUUGAAAGAGAUCCGUGGGACUUCUCCUCUUGCCUGCCUGAAUGCUAUGCUGCAUACGAACUCCCGUGGGGAUGAGGGCAUUUUCUACAAAGUCCCAGGGAGGAUGGGCGUCUAUACACUGAAGAAGGAUGUUCCAGAUGGGCUGAAAGAACUCUCUGAAGGCUCGGAAGAGAGCAGCGAUGUGCAGUCAGACUCCCCCACCUCAGGCAGCAGCAGCAGCAGCAGCAGCAGCAGUGACCGGAGCAGCAACAAGGAAGGGAGAAAAAGCAGGUGGCGAAGGAAAGUUUCAUCCAGGCUCUCGCAGGCGCCCUCUCCCCAGCCAGGCUGCCCGUCCCCUUCCAUCCCUCCCGCGAAAGUCAUCUCAUCAUCUCAGAAGCUCAGCAAAAAGGCACUCAAGCAGGCCCUGAAGCAGAAGCAGAAGAAGCAGUGCCGUGCCGGCGCGCCCGUCUCCUCCAACCACCACCUCCUCCAGCAGCACUCCAAGGCUGCCAGCCACUCUGCCCCUGCAAAACCCGGGCAACUGAAGAGGACAAAAUGUGCCGAAAUUGACGUGGAGACCCCAGACUCCAUCUUGGUGAACACCAACCUGCGGGCCCUGAUCAACAAGCACACGUUCACGGUGCUGCCGGCUGAUUGCCAGCAGAGGCUGCUGCUGCUGCUCCCCGAGGUGGACAGGCAGAUCGGGAUGGACGGCUUGCUCAAGCUGAGCAGUUCUGCCCUCAACAAUGAGUUCUUCACUUCCGCUGCCCAAGGCUGGAAGGAGCGGCUCUCGGAAGGGGAAUUCACUCCGGAGAUGCAGCUGAGACUUCGGCAGGAGCUCGAGAAGGAGAAGAAAAUGGAAUUGUGGAAGGGGCGCUUCUUUGAGAGCUACUAUGGCCAAAGCUCUGGGCUGAGCCUUGAAGAGUCCAAGCAACUGACCUCCUGCGUCCCCGCUGCUCAGAGUCAGCCACAGUCUGGCAAUCUAGCUGCUCAGCUGCAGAAAUGCACGCCGGUUUCCACCGCUGUGCCUGGCAAAGACCAGGGAGCUCCUCCAAAGGCACAGGACCCCUUGGCACCGCCAGCAGCCAGCAGAGAAGAGGAUGAAAAGGAGAAGCAGCCCCAAGCCUCUGCGCCGGCAGAAGAGCUUGAAAACGCCUCCUCCUCCUCCGACAGCAGCUCCCCCUCCAAGUCCAGCGGCCAGGCGUCCUGCAGGCCUUCCAAGGGGGCUGAGGAGGAGCCUGCGCAAGCAGAGCCAGUGAGGGACGUGCCCCGCCCUGCCUUCCUGGAGUCCCCAGGGAAAGGGGGUGCAAGCAGACCAAAGAGCCCAGCUGCUGCUGCCGCAAGUCAAGAAAAGGAGUCUCGGGAGGCGCUUGGCAAGGAGGCCCCUGCCGCUGCCGGCACACAACAGAUGGACACCAGAGUCCAGGCUCUCAAGAGGAAAUCAGAGGCUCCCGAAGAGGUGGCGGCAUUGUUGACACCAGAAAAGCAGCCCCACUUUGCAGAGAAGUGUUCCCCCUCCAGGCCGCCUUUUCAGAGCCCGCUGCAGUCCUUUCCCACCGCGCCAGUGCCAAAGGUCCCUCCGCUCAGGAUCCGUGUCUCCAGGAUCCAUGGUUCUCCAGCGCCAUUUCCUGCCAGCCAGGUCUCUCCCACACCCACCUUCCCAGUCACCAUCACCAGUCCCAGGAGGACAGGGGCCCGGACUCUGGCGGAUAUCAAAGCCAGGGCCCAGAUGGCCAGGGCCCAGUGGGCCGCCGCUGCUGCCGCCGCCACCUCCGGCGCUACUGCUGCUGCGCCCCUUGUGGGAGCCAUCCCUGGCCCAGGCCCCGGUGGGGGGAGGGGAAGGGAGCGGAGCAGCCCAGCAGCAGGGAGGCCACGAGGGCCCCCCUGCCCAGGCCCCUGCCCCCCAACGGAGGCCCAGGCAACAGAGCCAGCAGAGGCCUCCAGCGGUGCUGCAGGAGCACAGCUACAGCCGGCUCCUGCAGCACAGCCCCGAACGGCAGGCCCUGGCCCUAGGACGGAGACCCCGCCAGCCACCCAGGCCCAGAUGAGGAGCCUCAGCCAUACAGGCCCCUUGGCCCUCUCCGCCAGCCAGGGUGCCCAGGCUCCUGUGGGCUCAAGUGCUGGCCUGCUUCCAGGGAUAACAGGUGGGCCUGGGAAAGCCCCUCCCCCACGUAGCGUGGCCUCAGGAGCAGCAGAGAGGCAAGGUGUGCCUGAGGCGCCUCUGGCUGCCGGCGCUGGUGCUCCGGGGGGCCAAGUCCCCUCUUCCCCUCUGUCCUCCAGGGCAGCCCCUCCCACCGUCUCUCCGCCUGCCGUGAUGGUUCCUCUGCAGCCCCCCUGCAGCACUUGGUCAGCCGCCCCCAGCCUUCCGGUCCCCCCAGGCGCCCCGAGUGGCCGCACAGCAGCUCACCCCAAGGGCAGCUCCAGCAUCCCUGCGAACAAUCCCCUGGUUGCUCAGCUGCUGCAAGGGAAAGAGGUCCCUCUGGAGCAGAUCCUGCCCAAGCCCCCAACCAGAGUCGAGAGGAAGACCCUCCCUCUCCCUGUGAAGGAAAGCCAAGAGCCAGCGGCCCCCACCAGGCUGGGAGCCGGCGAGAGGCAGCCUCUCCUUGUCCCCUUGCAGCCGAGCGGGAAGCCGGACUUGGGCCAGGGCAGGCAGCAGCAUCUACAGCAGCAGCAGCUGUCCCCUGGCCCUCCAGCCUUCCUCUCCUUCCCUGGACGGGGCUUGUGGAGCUCUCCUGCUGACUUGUACUCCCGCCAGGAAGCCUCUGUCCGAGGAGCCCAGGAGCACCACCUCCUCCAGGCCCUGAUGCAGAGAGUGGCCAGGCCGGGCCAUCUCCCAGCGGCCACGGCCUCCUCUCCACCUCCUCGCCUCCCGCCAGGCUUCCCGCCAGAGAGCUCCUCCUGCAGCCAGAGCUCCAUGCUGGGAUUCCCAGGGAGAAGGACAACCAAGCCUGCCAUGUCUGGCCAUUACCUCCUGAACGUUUCCACCUACGGGCGCUGUUCCGAACACCUCCGAAGGAACCUGGCCGUGCCCCCAGAGAGCUGCCUGUGCCCUGCUGGGCCCGAGGCGGAGUUUGGGGAACGGGAGCUGGUGGCCGGAGAUGACAGUGACGGUGGCAGCCAUGGAGCAGACGGAGGAGGAGACAUGGACGGCUCGGAAGACGAAGAGGUGCGUGUCGCGAUGGAAGAGGAGGGAGGAGGAGGAGGAGGAGGAGAGCAGGCAGCCCCCAGAAGGAGCGCCGUGAAGGUGGAGCUAGCAGCAUGCAGCCAGAGAGAGGGAACCGGCCACCCGUUCUCCCCAGGCCAAGGUUUCUCUGGGAGCGCCCUGGCAAGGGAUUUCAUUCAGGCAGCCCAAGAGCACGUGGCCCAGGCUGUGAGGGGGGAAAGGAAGUCUCACGGCCUGGAGCUUCCCUCUGCCACUCAGGUGGACUCCACCCCGCCCCGGCCCCCCCCGCACCCCCCCUCCCAGCCGCCUCGGCUCUUUGGGGGUCCUGCUGCCGCACAGCUGCUUGGGCCGGGCUACAGCGGCACAAUCAACGUUUCCACCUCUCCUGACCUGCACGAGGAGGCGCUCCUGACGGGGCUGUCGGAUCCCAGCCACAUGGGGGAGGUGGUGUCCUUCUCUGUAACCGUGACGACCAUCCCUGCCGGUCAGUCCGUGAACACGGGCAGCGGCCACCGGCAUCACCGCCCCCUCCAGGGCCAGGCCUUCUCGGGAGACGGUGGCCUGGACCUGCCCUCCAAGUGCUACUGCCGCUUGAAAGCCAUGAUUGUGUGCAAGGGCUGUGGGGCCUUUUGCCAUGACGACUGCAUCGGCCCCUCCAAGCUCUGUGUCUCCUGCCUCGUGGUGCGGUAGCAGCUCUUGCAAGGCGCAGGGGGCGUCUCGUCUGCGGAGCAAGAGGGGCACACAGCGGAGGCGGCGGAGGCUGCAGUGGGACCCCGCCCUCGCCCCGCUUCGGUUUUCUCGAGAGCGACGAAAGCACCUUGGAUGGCCACCAGAAAGAAGCCCUGGGACAAGUGUUUGCACUUAAGGAAUCAUGUAAAUAUGUUGCCAUUGUUUUGUUUUAUGUUUUUUGUUUCCAAUCUCUUGAGAUAAAUCUGUUGAUUUGAACUCCA